GUUGCUCGCUGGUGCCAACGCCCGGCGAAACAGAUACGGAGGGAUACUGCUAACGUUUGUUGUCAGCAGUACCAGAAAAAGCACAGAGAUGCAGACUAUCAAAUGUGUGGUGGUGGGUGAUGGAGCAGUGGGAAAAACCUGCCUAUUGAUUUCAUAUACCACCAACAAAUUCCCCUCUGAAUAUGUACCAACAGUGUUUGACAACUAUGCAGUAACUGUAAUGAUCGGGGGUGAACCGUACACCCUGGGCUUAUUUGAUACAGCAGGUCAGGAGGAUUACGACAGGUUACGACCACUAAGCUACCCACAGACGGAUGUCUUCUUAGUCUGUUUCUCAGUUGUUUCACCCUCCUCAUUUGAGAAUGUUAAAGAAAAGUGGGUUCCUGAAAUAACUCACCACUGUCCCAAGACCCCAUUCCUGUUGGUAGGCACUCAGAUCGAUCUGCGUGAUGAUCCCUCCACAGUGGAGAAGUUAGCCAAGAACAAACAGAAGCCAAUCACCCCCGAGACAGCAGAAAAGCUGGCUCGUGACCUUAAGGCAGUCAAAUAUGUCGAGUGCUCCGCCCUAACACAGAAAGGAUUAAAGAAUGUGUUUGAUGAGGCAAUACUGGCUGCCCUGGAGCCCCCUGAACCUAAGAAAAGGCGUAAAUGUGUACUGCUCUAAGUUCCGUCGCAGCCUUCUCCACACCAGUUACCAAAUCUAGGUUAACAGUACUGAAGAGGUUUGUUGCACAAGCACAUUCCAGCAUGAGUUGAAAUACCAUGAAAUAUUUGCCUCCUGACUGACUUAACCUAAAUACAUAUUCAAUGUUGAGCAUGUUUUUAAGAUUGAGUAACAUUUUGAUGCUGUUUGUGAUGAUUUGAUGCUGUUGAAAUGGCCUUACGUGGUGUGAUCACUGAACACUUAAAAUAUAUCAAUAAAUUGUAGAAGACACGUAUAAAUAACUUCAGUUCCACCACAUUAUGUCAAGCGUUUGCAGAAAAGGUUAUUCCGAAAGAUCUGACUAUGAAAUUUAAGUUUUUACUACUGUUUUAUCGACUGCCUGUAAAGCACAAACAAGCUGAUAAUGAUGGGUUAGUGAGAUGCUCAGAUUCUGUCUUUGUAUGUCUUACAUCUGUUUCUUACUUUGUUACAAGUAAUUCUCUCUAUGUUUAGCAUUUACACUAUACUGUAUGUUCUUAACACGCAGGACUGCAUUUCAUUACCACUGCUUCAUUCUUCCGAUACCAGUUGGAAAAGUCACAGAGACUCAAAUACUUAGUUUUCCAAACAUUUUUAAGAUCACAUUACUCAAACGGUUAAUAGAAGUAAUUUUAUUUUUGUAUAUUUUCCCCCCCACAUAAUUUCACGUUCAAUAUCAACAUCGCCUCCGGGCAGAUCUAAGAAUUAUUUGACAGUUAGACGUUUCUAGGCUAUGCUCCAUCUCACUUCUAGUUUGUCAAAAACAACCUGGUAAAUUGACGCCUGUCAAAAGUCCAAAUCCAUCGAGGCUGACAAAGAAGUGUGAGAUGUAUGGAGCUAGAUAUUUAAACACAAUGUGAACAUGCCAUUGGUCGUCACAGUUAAAGCAACUGCAUGCAAGGACUUUGAGCACAACGGUUUCCCAGUCAUUUACUUUUUGUGAGAGACAUUGGUUAACAAGAAGGUGAUGUGCAUCUUAAAUGCUUAUUGACACAAGUUGCAGAAGUUCAACUUUUUGUAGAUGCGUUUCAGCUAAAGCCAGGGUCCAGUGCUGUUUUGAUGACUGAAAAAUACAUGCAGCAAUGUUAUGUCAGAUAGCAACACAUUGUGACAUUUCAUACAAAAUGCUUUACAUAGUUUGAGAUCCUGUGAAGAUUUCUGAAUGACUGAAUUAGUAUUUGCUUUUAUGUUUUACUAUAUCCAUGCCUAGAUGUGGGCUUGAAUUAGAUUUGUAAAUACGGUGAGAAUAACUCAUAACUUAUUGACUGAAUAAAAUGUGUGCAUUACUGAUACAGAGACUUCAAAAAGAAGCUGAGGUGACACUGAAAUCAAAUUAACCAGAAAAUGUUGAUUUGCAAUAGAGAAUGAGUUUCUUGGGAGUCUUUGAUCUUUAUUCAAUUUGACAUCAAAGUUGUACUGUAUCUUCCGUGUGAUUAAACAUCACAAUAAAACCAGUAUUAUGAAUAAAACUAACUUCAAAUACUA